UCUCACGUUGACUCGGGCUUUAUUCUCGUUCAUUUCCGGAGGGCACGUCAGCGGACGAGUCGCAUAAGAGCGAGAGUGCGCUGUCUCUUCAGGGGUUGGGACAACCGAAGCUCCAUUCAUUCUAUCCUCCUAAAAAAGAUAGCCCCGAGCGCAAUGCUGCUGCAAUUUUGAAACAAAUACUAUUUACAAUUGUGUAAAUAUUGGAAACAUGACCCGGGCUCAUUGCAGAAUCAAUACGUUAGUUUGUGAUAGUAAUUUGGCUGGUUUGAGAAACGCCGAUCGUUGACUAAUGGUCCGGGACCUCUCUUCGCUGAUGGGGUAGCAGCUAGCUGGAUACGAAAACAGCGUCAACUCCGUGUUCAGUCAACUCCGUGAGCAAGGGACAGCCUGUCCAAGCCUUCUGUGGUGAAAAGAACUAGCCUAUUCGACUUCAACAAUCCUCCUGUUUGACUGAAUUAUGUACCAGGUGCAGGGGAAAGGGGAAAGGGCUGUUGCCAUGGUGCUGAAGGAGCUUCCGGGUAAAAAGGCAUCCUCAGAAGGAAACCCCCUCCUCACCGUGACAACCAAGCUGGUCGGUGAGCAGCAAGAGAGCCGCCCGCUGCUGAGCCCCUCCAUCGACGACUUCCUGUCAGAGAGCCGCAUCGAUGGACCUGUGGUCCGGCCGGUCACCUCCAACACAGCAGUUCUAUCCUCAGCCCUUGACCUGGUGGACCUGAGUGAGCCCAGUGAACGCAGUAGCAGGAAGGUCAGCGUCAGGGAGCGUCCGAGCCCCUUGGGGCCCUGUAAGGGAAAUUCUAAAAACAGCCCACGGAGAGGGAAUAGACGAGAUGAGACAGAGCUCAUCCAGGUGGAGGUGAAGCGCGCAUCGAGCGCUCGCACCCCACUAGCUCCCGAGAGGGUCUCCCUAGAGUCAGUCAGUUCCUCUUCUCCUUUGGAGAAAUGGGAGGAAGUGAAUCUUCACCCUGAAGGUGCCCUGAAUGACAGCAGGAAGAGACGAUACGAAAAUAAGUGCACCUCACACCACUCCUCCAGUGAAUUAAUAUGGUCAGCAGAGUUUAAAACAAAUCCAUCUGUGAAAAACUCAUUUGAAGUCAAUAGCAUUGAUGACGAGGACCACAUAUCAGCACUAAAGGACCCAGUACCCCAACAAGUGCGGCCCAGUCUCCGUCACCUCUUGGGCAGACAUCAUUCCCAGGAGGAGGAGUUUGUAAGGGCAAAGGCUGCUGUAGAGUCGGACACAGAGUUCUGGGAUAAGAUGCAGGCAGAAUGGGAGGAACUGGCUCGCAGGAAUUGGCUCGAGGAAGAAAAUGAAGGCCCGAUACCACCGAGCAGCUCUCCAAUUGAGAAGGGCUACUACUUUCACACCAACAACCCGUACAAAGAGUGGCCCAAUGCUUUUGAGGAAGGGCAGCAGAAGGCCAGAGAUGGAGACCUGAACAAUGCUGUCCUACUACUGGAGGCGGCCAUUUUGCAGGACCCAUCGGACUCGGAGGCUUGGCAGGUUCUGGGCACCACACAGGCCGAGAAUGAGAAUGAGCAGGCAGCCAUCGUGUCACUCCAGAGGUGUCUAGACCUCCACCACAACAACUUGCCGGCCCUCAUGGCCCUGGCGGUGAGUUUGACCAACACAGGCAUGCAACAGGACGCUUGCAAGGCCCUGCACCGAUGGAUCUGCCACAACCCCCGUUAUAAACACCUACUGCCAGGGAGCCGGAGCCCACUCCUGCAGGGGUCCCCCACCACACCGCGUAGGGGUCGUCCCCAUACGCCAACCUCUUGCAGCCAGCUGGCGGAGGUCAAGGGAUUGUAUCAGGAGGCCGUCUUGCUGAAUACAGAUGGGGUGGACCCGGACCUCCAGACAGGCCUUGGGGUCCUGUUCAACCUCAGCUCCGAGUUUGACAAAGCUGUGGAGGCCUUCAAGUCAGCCCUGUCUGUCAGACCUGAGGACUACCUGCUGUGGAACCGCCUGGGGGCCACACUGGCUAAUGGGGACCAUAGUGAGGAGGCAGUUGAGGCAUACACCCGGGCCCUGGAGCUCCAGCCAGGCUUCAUCAGGUCCCGCUACAACCUGGGCAUCAGCUGCAUCAACCUGGGAGCGCACAAGGAGGCAGCUAGUAACUUCCUGACUGCCCUUAACCAGCAGAGGCAGAGCCAGAGUCACCAAGUCAUGUCGGCUAACAUCUGGGCUGCCCUUCGGAUCGCCCUCUCCAUGAUGGACCGGCCCGAGCUCUUCCAGGCUGCGAACCUUGGAGACCUGGACCGUCUCAUGAAGGCCUUCGAAAUGGGGCGGGUUAUGUGACCAGGUUUAGCGGGGCUCCUCAGAUAAACAGUUCGCUAAUUGGCUAGAGGGUUGCCAGAUUGGUGACCAAGAAUGGCUUCUGUUAAUGUAAAGUUAAAUUAAUCUGACAGAAGAGAGAUGAAUGUUAUUGAAGAUCGGACAAAGGGGGGGAUUGUAGAAUAAUGGAGGUGUUCUAGUGUUUGAAAUGCCAUUAUAGUGGAAAUAUUGGAAGACCUGAACCAACUAGGGAAAUAUACACACUCUUUUAAUUUAGACUGGCCUCCAGCAGCUGAAAUUAGGCUACAAUAACGCAGCCAUAGAUCAAACGUGGUCAUUUAUUCCCCAUUCGUUUUGGUAUGGCACUGUAUACAACUUCUGCUGUGUGGUCAUAUACCAUCUACUUUAAGUGGAUGGGAAGAUUGUUUGUAACCCGUUGAAACGGAUUUGCACCACUGCAAUGGGGUACUACUAUUUAUUUUUUAUCCCCGAAGAGCACAACAUUGACUGAGAAAAGGAAAGACAGAGUCUGCUGUAAAGUAGAGGAAAAACAAGCCAUGCAUGCCCGGCAAUCACAUUGUGAAAGAACUGAAGCCUUAUACUAAGUGAAAUGAUAUCAAAUGCACAAGUCGUAAUCACUUUUAUAGACAGCAGGUACUGAUGGUCAAAUUGUGUGUAAUAGUAUAGACUAGAGUCCUCUUGUGUAUAGUUUCUUGUCAUUUUGUACAUACCUGUAUUUAUUUGGAAUAUCACUUCCAUGCAAUGCUCCAAGUACAGUAUGUAAUAUAUGACUGGUUGACAGGUCCGAUAGGCCGGAAAGUAAAUAAGCUAAUUUGGACAUAUACACACGUUUGUCGGUACACAGACUGCCUCUGGAUGAACAAUCAUUGUACCAUUUGGUGUGUGUGUGUGUGUGUGUGUGUAGCUUGAUUUUUAUUUCAGCCACUCUACAGCAAUAAGUGUCGUGUUUUUCCACAAUGCCCACUUACUAUUCAAGUAGUAAGUACCCGUACACACCUGCUUGCGACACCUGUUCCAUCUGUUUUUGCAACAUCAGUCACAUGAAAGGAUGUCUUCCUCUCAUCUUUACUAGCAUCUCAGUAGCAACUAGUGACGUUCAAACAGUGCUUUGUGAUCCUGGCUUCAAAGUGUGGCAACAACCGCUGAAAAUGAAAUCCCUCUAAAGCAGCCUGUCAUGUUCAAAUGAUAGUGAUUAAGUCAACAGCGAGGAAAAUGCACUCAAAAGACCCGUUAAAACAAGUUAUGCAAGUCACCCGUUCGUUCAUUGGUUUUACGAAUCAGUGUUUGAUGAGAUAUGAUUUCAAGCAUAAGUCAUCUGCUUUUUAAGAAAUUCUGUUUUUGAGGAUAGAUUUUCCAGUUUACUCUUUCUUACCAGAAAAAAGGUGUGGUGUUUAAAGUGAAUAUUGGUUUACAACUGAAUUGGUAGUGGACAUGUGUGUUGAAUUGACAGUAAAUUCCCUAUGCAAUAUACAGUAUAUUUGUAUAACAUUGACUGUUGUCUCAUAUUUGGUUCAAUUAACCAAACUCAUUGUUUCUUUGGGAGUUUGAACUUCUGUCCACAUGCAAAGGCUAAAGACAUUACGAUUAGUUUUUUAAAGCAUAUGUGUUAGUGCCAGGCUGGAACAAAAGCCUGUUCUCUGGAAGUGGAGUUGGAGAACCCUGAUUUACACUAACCAAUUCCCCAUUUCCUUAGAAUUUACUUUGGGUCUUUUUACCUUCUCAGAUUCUCAAUAAGUUGAAUGUUGGCCAUGGAAUUUGAGAAUGUUGGCUUGUGUAAUGUAGUAUAAUAAUAUUUAUUGACAUUGUACAGUACAUACAAAUCAAAUGGCAAAGUUACUAAACAGUUUCCCCACUGUUUCUACACUGUAAAUAGUGUGCACUGUAUUAAGUUACAGCCUAAUUCUAAAAUGGAUUAAAUAAAAACAAAAUGCUCAAUCUACACACAAUACCCCAUAUUUACA